AUGGAUCAUAUUUUAGAACAUUACUUGUCUCGCACCGAGGUGGUUAGAUUUAUAGCUAGCGCCUACAAGAAUCAGGACAAGGAGACCUGGCAGGGCUCCUCGGCAUUUAGCAACGAGCAGAUUGAAGCCAACUUAAAAGUGAUGACGGAGUCUGGGUUUUCAGAGGCUCGACAAUAUCUCUCAGGUGGUCAACACUUGACGAACUUCACAGCACAAAGCUCCCGCGCCUUGGCCACCUUUGUUCAGGCCUGUUCGCGCUUCGGUUGUCCUGCUCUGCUAGACAGCUUUGCUGCAUGCCUCGCCGGCAUGUUGGAAGAAGAACUGGGUGUCUAUCGUCAGGCCCUAAGCGAUUUCAAACUGGAAAAACAGGCUCCAAUCAUUCGGGAGAAUCUCGAGUUCUUUAUGAAUACAGUGAUCGUGAAACUUGUGGCAAAACUGAAUGUCCAAGACCAAUCCACUGUGAAGGCCGCCGCCAGGGGUUUCAAGAAACUUCUCAAAUCCAGCGCGUAA